AUGCAUCCCACCACCACAGAGCACGACUACCGCUUCCCGCGAAGACCCGACCCCAGAGCCACCACGGCCGACGACAUCUCGACCGACUCCAGUCCGCGCCCCGGCCGCCUCGCCGUCGCCAACUCCCCCAGCACUGCAUCUCACUCCUCCCGCGCCCUCGACUUGGAAAAGUCGUUUGCCAAACACGACCAUCUCCUCGGCGAUGCCCUCUUUCCCACCCUCGGCGACGCCGACGGCGCUGCUGGCCCCAACCUCGACCAGAUGCAGAACGACGAUCCCCUCGCCGCCCAGGUCUGGAAGUUCUUCACCAAGACCAAGCAGAGCCUUCCCAACCAGCAACGCAUGGAAAACCUCACUUGGCGCAUGAUGGCUCUCAGUAUGCGCAAAAAACAGCAAGAACAGCACAGUCGAGCAAAUGGAAUCGCCCAGCUUCGCAAAUCCUCUCAGGCCAAUGCUGUCCCCACGCAUAACUCGGAUCAGAUGAACAUUGAUGAAUUCAUCUUUCCAGAGCAGACCGGCUCGCCCAGCGUCUUUGGUUCGCCACAAAUGUCUAGCUCCAUCUCCGCCGCCCAACCUUCGGGCAUCCCUAUCCACCAGCAGCCCAGAGGUGAUGGCCUCGGCACCGCUUUUGUACCUCAGUCUGUCCCCGAUGCGCCUCACCUCCAGCAACGCGACAACAGCGAAUUCAACUAUGUCCAGCGCCGAGUUCGCAAGACCAGUAUAGACGAUCGCCAGACGAGGAAACGUCCUGCCAACUUUUCUCCCCACAUCAGCGCUGUCGGUGCGCCCUCUGCUGUCGAUAACGACGGAGACAUUCACGGUUACUCUCUUGACGGCCACACCCACAUCAACAUGCCUCAGCAGCUGCCCAUCGACCAGUUUGGCCUCGACUUCAUGCCCAACGACAAUAUGAUGAACAACUCGCAGUUUCAGCAGAAUUUUGGCUUUUCUCCCUCCACGUCGCCCAUGGUCCCCAACGGUCAUCUCUCCUCCUUCAAUAACACCAUGGCACCAUCGUCGCUCAACACCACCGACUUUUACUCGCCCCCCGCCUCUGGCUACCCCUCUGCCGUCUCGACCCCGCACGGCAUGGCCGAUAAGGACAACUUCCCCUAUAGCCCCCAUGAUGCUCGUCAGCACGGCCAGGGCUUUCAGCAGCAGAACAUGAAUCAUCAGUUCAUGUACAACGACCCCAGUGGUAACCCCAUCUAUGGCUCCAUGGGCCAGGGCCAGUCCUUCAACCAGAUGGACCACUCUCAAAGCAUGCAUCCCGAUAGCGCUCUUGUAUCCCCCACCAUUCCCACCAUGAACCAAGACGGCAUGUUUUCAUUUGGUGGUGACUCGGAUGAAGAUGAUGGAACCAAUGGUAUGAACAGCAUGCAGGGCGAAUUUACUGCGGCCGUCGACGAGGUAGGCUCCCUAGGGUGGGACGCAUCACUACCAGGCCAGUUCAGCACCCACUCUGCGCGAUAUCCUGGUGGCCCUCCCCGCAAGCAGGUCGUAAUUGGAGGCACCACCACCGACUAUGUCGAGUCCAACAACGAAGACAACCGUGGUGGACUGGGCAGGUCUCAAUCGUUCAAAUCCUCCGGCUCACGCCAGCCGAAGCUGCCUCGGAACGCUUCUACCCCUUCUCACAUGGCCUCAAAGCACAACGGCUUCGAACAAAUUGCGCAAUCACUGCCCACAUCGCCACAUGGUGACGUCACUGGGAGCCUGUCCGGCUUCUCCUCCGUGGCUCCUAGCCGGCCCUCGUCCCCGCCGCCAUCAAAGCCCGGCUCGACUACUAACUUGCAAGCCGCCGCUGGUAACCAGACUGAUGGAGGCAACCCCACGACUUGCACCAACUGUUUCACGCAAACGACUCCGCUAUGGCGACGAAACCCCGAGGGCCAGCCGCUUUGCAACGCUUGCGGCUUGUUUCUCAAGCUCCACGGCGUCGUGCGACCUCUGAGUCUCAAGACGGACGUAAUCAAGAAGCGUAACCGUGGCUCCGGCAACAAUGCCGGCGGUCGUGGCAAGAAGGGCCUGGGGUCUGCUGCUACCUCUCGCAAGAACUCGUCCCUCUCCAUUGCGAACUCGGCGCCCUCUGGUCAACAAACGCCGACAAUCGCCUCUGGACAGCGCCCCGGCACAAGCUAUAAGGAAGAGAGCCCCAGCUCGACCAGUAGCGGCCAGUUUGGAGCCCAGGCAGCCGGCGGCAAGGGUGUAGUACCUAUCGCUGCCGCUCCCCCCAAGUCAUCGCCCGGACCUGGCGCAUCAACCUCGCCCAUGCCUCUGGCUCGCCCUUCUGCAAACGCCUCAUCGAAGCGACAACGCAGACACAGCAAGAGCGACGGCACCGUCUCAGCCAUGGACAUUGACGGCGGCUUCCCAGGCACCAACGACGGCACCAGGUCCCUCGGCACGACGCCCAGCAUGCCAUCCAUCUCGUCCACCAUGAUGACUUCAGGUUAUGGCAUGCCGCAGCGUCCUCUGAUGGCCGCCCCAGGACCCAUGGGCCAUCAAUCCAAUGGCAUGAGCCCCAACGCCGUCGGCCCGCAGGAAUGGGAGUGGCUCACGAUGAGUCUGUAA